AUGUCCCAAAACACCAUGGUCACAUUCGGCUCCGUCGACGUCUACGUAGGCGAGCGCGCCACCUCCACCCCCCAGGACCAAACCCACCCCCGAAUCGUAUUCCGGGUCGCUCUAGUCACCAGCGGGACGGCAGGCACCAGAGGCGGCAGAGAGCACGCCGUGGUCGACACGGGCAGCAACGACCGCCACCGCUACCGGAUCAUGGGAGAACACGAAGCGACUCCAGAGACGCUCCGAAACAUGACGCUCCUCGGCACAUACCCAGCGUCCGCGGAAGCAUCCACCCGCAUUGCGGCGGAGCACUUCCCCGUCUUCAUCCAGGAUCUGCGGAAGAAGGGGUAUAUCGAGCGGGUGCCGACGUCCGCGAAGGUGCGUGAGAUCUGCAGGGAUUUGUCCGAUCGCGUUAAGAAAGCAAAGGAGCGUGGCACGCGGGCCACGCUUGCACGGGCCACGCGCCGUGUAGCCCGUGCUGGAUCAAAUGCAGCGGAGGAUGUGUUUACUUGGUGUCUUCAGGGGAUUCGUGGUAUGGGUGAAUUUCUACAGGGAUUGGAAUUGGACGGUGACUGUAUUGGCGGUGACUUUGGUGGCUGUGACGGCGGUGGCUCCAGCUGA